UCUACAGCACGCAUACAGUAAAGCACAGGAGGAAGCUCCUUCGAAGCUCCUAAGUCUUCAGAUGAGCUGGAAAAGCUCUUUAAGCUCUUCAUCACAGCACUGAGAUUCCUGGCAAUUUCCUGCCUCCUGCUUGCCUGCCUCCCUGUCUGCCUUAGAGGCACUCCAUGCUGCCCUGCUUUCUCCUAACUUCAUGCCUGCUACGGUGGAGAUUCAUCUGAGCAGUGGUGAGGAGUGCCUGGAAGUGCAAAAGAGCUUGAUUUGCAUACAGCCACCAUGCCCAAUUCUUCUUCUUCCUCCUCCAUCUCCUCCACCACCACCUCAAGUUCCAGAUCUUUACAUUUACACCUUUGCGAAGAAGACUCUGUAGGGACUCGGAUCUCUUUGUCUCUCAUCUACUUACUGUUGGCCAUCUCAGGGACUUUAUCCAACAUCCUGGUGAUUUAUCUAGUCUUCACUUUCAAGAAGCUGCGCACCACCAGUAACACUUUCAUUGUGAACGGCUGCAUUGCUGACUUGAGUGUGUGCGGCCUCUGGAUGCCACAGGAAGCAGUGCAAGGGCUCUUACCUGCUGGCUCUCCUACAGCUCACUCAGAAGGAUACCGCUUGCUCCGGGUUGGGCUUGUAGGCCUCGGACUCAUCGUGUCACUGCUUUCCCACCUCUUGGUGGCCCUCAACCGGUACAUCCUCAUCACUAAGCCGCCUGUCACAUACCAGGCUGUUUACCAGAGGAAGCACACGGCCUGGAUGAUUGGCUUGAGCUGGGGGUUUGCCUUCCUCCUUGCCCUGGUGCCCCCUGUACUGCAAACAUGGCUCCCCGGCCAGCAGGAGUCUAGAGAUGCUACUAUCAGCAAGAGCUCUAGCUACACAGGUCUGCUCGUAGCUCUGGCUGUUCUCAGCCAAACGGUUAUCCUGCUCCACUGCUACAUGGGGAUUGUGAGGAGAGUGCGGGGCAGCGUCAAGCGGGUCAGUGUCCUCAAUUUCCAUCUCCUGCAACAGCUCCCCUUCCCAGCAGCCCCUCAUGGUCCGCGGCGAGCGCAGCGACGCCUGAGCAGCAUUUCUGUGCUGCUCCUCUGCCUUGCAUUUCUCCUGGCCACCCAGCCCCUGGCGUGGAUAAGCCUGCUGGGCUUUUUCUUCCAGCCAAUGCCACGGGGACUGCAGCUGGCCAGCUGGCUCCUCUUCUGCUCGCUGUCCGCUUUCAACCCCCUGCUCUACACAUGGAAGAACGAGGAGUUCCGCCGUUGCUUGCGCUUAGUGCUGCUGCCUGGAAGGGACCCUCCUGCUAUCACGGCAGGGACAGGAGCAUCCACGACAGCCCUCCCCACUGUGUGCCUUCCACCUCAGGAGCUGUCCGGAUUGGGUGACAAGGUAGAAAGCAUGGGGAGCUUGGUACUUCAGUGACCCACUGGGGGAACUCACACUCGCUGAGUGAAAAGGUGCUAGGUGGCAUUUGUCUGCUGUUUAUGACUCACUGAACUGCAGCGUCCCACUCCCAAUGGAGAGGCUUUUUCAUGCUGCCAUAGAGACACUUGGCAGCAAGGGGAGGGGGGGGAAAGUAUAUAUUUUUAUCACUUUUGACUUUGUGGGAUUUGACAGAGGCUUGGUGCAGUCACAUUGACAAAGGCAUCAUACAUACCUCAGGUUUUCUGUCAAGUGUCUUGUCAUUUUUCAGCCAGUAAAGCUUGCAUUCCUUUCUUGGCUCACAAAGUGGAAACGGAACCUAACUUUGCAACCGAGGAACUGCCUUGGCUUAGCAUGUGCUUCCCAUGGAGAAAGGCCAUGGAUCAGUUCUUGGCAUUUUUCUUUUAGCUAUCCCAAGGGGGGAAUUUGAGGGACCUCUGCAUGAGGUGCUGGCAAGCUGUUCCUAGAGUCAGAUAUGACAACACCCCACACUAUACGUUUCUUUCUGUCUCUUUUCCAAAAAGAAGCAUGACUGAAAAAUCUUGGACAUUAAGAUUGUUGCUGGCACCUGCCUAUUUGACCUAUGGAUUUUAGUCAGCCUAACAAAUCAUCAAACUCUCGACACAAUACUCAACAUUGCAAGACAGCAGAGGGAGGUUAAAGCGGCUGCUGGCGUAUCGCAGAUGAUUUGUGUUCUGGUGGGAAGACCUAUGGUCUUCAAAACUCUGUUCAGUCAGACAUCUCCCUGAGUAAUAUCUGACUACUUACCAUGGCUGGUCACUAUAACCAAACACCUGUUUGCUUUUCUAGGCAUGUAAUGAUCUGGUAUGUGCAUAUUUGCAUCUUUCCUGCUGUUUGCACAGGAGUGUGUUCACUGCCCUGCUGCAGACAAAAACCCUUGCACAGCUGUGAGCCAGGGAGUGAGCGGAGCACACAGGUACAUCUCUGAAACAGCCACACUCUGCACUUUGCAACAGGACACUGCUGUCUCAGUCUAAGGUGGGAAAGGGCAGGCUCCAGAUUUGCUAGGUCUAAUUCAGAUUUUUCAUGAGAUUAAAAUGAGAUCAUUUGCAACUUUGGGGAAAAGAACCCUCUUCAAAGGAAAGAGAAUAUGGCCAACAUUCUAUUGAAUAUUUAUGCCCAUGCAAGAGAAAUCACUGAGGUUGAUGCGGCUAAUUGCAGCUGAUUAACUACUCGCCAGGCAUGCACCAGGCAGCAGCUAAUCAAUUACCCAUGACAACUUCUGCAGUUUCCGCUUCCACAAACAUAAACAUCCAACGGGACUGUGGCAUGUGGAUUUUUCAGGAACCAGGGAUGUUAUUUGUCAGGUAAUGUGUUCUUCUGGAGUUCCUACCAGUAAAGGCUAAGUUACCCACAUUAUUGGUGAGUGUCCUAAACAUCACAAAGAUGUUCUCAUCACAACUGUUUUACUGAAUAAUAAAAAUUCUGUUACAGAGAACAUGGGGAGCAAAAGUGCCCCAAUGAUGACCACAGAUUCAGGAAAGAAAGUAGAUUUGAGAAAGGGAGCUGAUGGGGGAGAUGCCAUGCCAUCAGCCACAGUACUUCUAAUGUGGAAGUCACUGGUUCCUUUUGAGGAAUCAGAACAGAAUUCCAGUGUUUGAGAGAAUUUUGGCUUGUCAAGGGCUGAUCAUUGGCUGUGGGCUUCCACUUGUAGCAGGAGCAACUAAAGAAGCAAUGGAUACUAGGCAUGGUUCUUAGGCCAACUUAGGAUCUUACACCAGCUGAAGAAACCAUGGAAAAAAUUAAUGUGCAACCCAGCAGGACCUGGCUGUUUGUCUUUUCUCUCCCUUG